AUGCCGAAAAACAGGGAGAAAUUCAACCCGGACCCGUCCAUCCACAUAUCCAAGAUGAAUGUGAUCAUCCCGUUUUCACCAGAUGUGCCCUGUGACAGUAACGGUCAGCGGAUGUGGUGGGCUUUCCUCGCCUCCUCAAUGGUCACUUUCUUUGGGGGUCUCUUCAUAAUCCUCCUGUGGAGAACUCUCAAAUACCUGUGGACUGUGUGCUGCCACUGUAACGCCAAAAAGAAGGAGGUCCAUCGGAUCACCACAGGCGAUGGCAUCAAACGUGCCGACAAGGACGACGCGGCGGCCAGCGAGGUGGGCUGGAUGACCUCGGUCAAAGACUGGGCCGGAGUCAUGAUAUCCGCUCAGACACUGACAGGAAGAGUACUGGUGGUUCUUGUAUUUGCUCUCAGCAUUGGAGCCCUUGUAAUAUACUUCAUAGAUUCCUCUGAUCCUAUCGAGUCCUGUCAGAACUUCUACAAAGACUUCACGUUGCAGAUUGACAUGGCAUUCAACGUGUUUUUCCUGCUCUACUUCGGCCUCCGUUUUAUUGCUGCCAAUGACAAGCUGUGGUUUUGGCUGGAGGUGAACUCAGUGGUGGACUUCUUCACGGUUCCUCCCGUGUUUGUGUCGGUGUACCUGAACAGGAGCUGGCUCGGCUUGAGGUUUUUAAGGGCCUUAAGGUUGAUACAGUUCUCAGAAAUUUUACAGUUUUUGAAUAUACUAAAGACAAGCAACUCUAUAAAGCUGGUGAACCUGUGCUCAAUCUUCAUAAGCACAUGGCUCACUGCAGCAGGCUUCAUUCAUUUGGUGGAAAACUCAGGGGAUCCUUGGGAAAACUUCCAAAAUUCCCAGGCACUUUCCUACUGGGAAUGUGUCUACUUACUCAUGGUUACUAUGUCCACGGUUGGCUAUGGAGACGUUUAUGCAAAAACCACUCUGGGCCGCCUGUUUAUGGUCUUCUUCAUCCUUGGUGGUUUGGCCAUGUUUGCGAGCUACGUCCCUGAAAUCAUAGAGUUAAUAGGAAACCGCAAGAAAUAUGGUGGUUCCUAUAGUGCGGUUAAUGGGAGAAAGCACAUCGUGGUCUGUGGUCAUAUAACACUUGAGAGUGUGUCCAACUUUCUAAAAGACUUCCUACACAAGGACAGGGAUGAUGUCAAUGUAGAAAUUGUUUUUCUCCAUAAUAUUUCCCCUAAUCUUGAGCUGGAAGCCUUGUUCAAGCGCCACUUCACCCAGGUGGAGUUUUACCAAGGGUCUGUCCUAAACCCACACGACCUGGCCAGAGUCAAGAUUGAAUCAGCUGAUGCCUGUCUGAUCUUAGCCAACAAAUACUGCGCUGACCCUGACGCUGAGGACGCAUCUAACAUCAUGAGGGUUAUAUCUAUCAAGAACUACCAUCCAAAGAUCAGAAUAAUCACUCAAAUGUUGCAGUACCACAAUAAGGCCCACCUUUUGAACAUCCCAAGCUGGAACUGGAAGGAGGGGGAUGAUGCCAUUUGCCUUGCGGAGCUGAAGCUCGGCUUCAUCGCCCAGAGCUGCCUGGCUCAGGGCCUCUCCACCAUGCUGGCCAACCUUUUCUCCAUGAGGUCCUUCAUCAAGAUUGAGGAGGACACGUGGCAGAAGUAUUACCUAGAGGGAGUAGCUAAUGAGAUGUACACUGAGUACCUGUCCAGUGCCUUUGUGGGCUUGUCCUUUCCUGUAAUUUGCGAACUCUGCUAUGUGAAGCUAAAGCUGCUACUGAUAGCUAUAGAGUACAAGUCUGAUCAAAGGGAAAGCAGCACCCUGAUAAACCCUGGGAACCACGUGAAAAUGCAGGAGGGGACCUUGGGCUUCUUCAUUGCCAGCGAUGCCAAAGAAGUAAAGAGGGCGUUGUUUUACUGUAAAGCCUGCCAUGAUGACAUAACUGAUCCCAAAAGGAUAAAGAAAUGUGGAUGCAAGAAAUCUAAAAAUAGCUAUAAUGGAUAUAUCAAAUCAAUUGAAGAGGACCAGCAGUCGGCAUUAUCGCCCAAAAAAAAGCAACGUAAUGGAGGCAUGAGGAACUCUCCGAACUCCUCACCCAAGAUAAUGAGACAUGACCCACUCCUCAUCCCCGGGAACGAGCAGAUUGAGAGCAUGGACGAGAAUGUAAAGAAAUACGACUCCACGGGGAUGUUUCACUGGUGCCCGUCCAAAGACAUCGAGAAGGUCAUCUUGACUCGCAGUGAGGCGGCCAUGACUGUUCUGAGUGGUCACGUGGUCGUGUGCAUUUUUGGAGAUGUGAAAUCGGCGUUGAUUGGUCUCCGAAACUUUGUCAUGCCCCUAAGAGCAAGCAACUUUCACUACCAUGAGCUGAAGCACAUCGUGUUUGUUGGCUCCCUGGAGUAUCUGAAGCGAGAGUGGGAGACUCUGCACAACUUUCCAAAAGUUUCUAUUCUGCCAGGCACACCGUUGAGUCGGGCAGAUCUGAGGGCUGUCAACAUCAACCUCUGCGACAUGUGUGUCAUUCUGUCAGCCAAUCAGAACAAUAUUGACGAUGCAUCACUGCAGGACAAAGAAUGCAUCUUGGCGUCACUCAACAUCAAAUCCAUGCUUUUUGACGACAGCAUUGGGGUCUUGCAGGCUAAUUCCCAAGGCUUCACACCACCAGGGAUGGAUAGAUCUUCUCCUGAAAACAGCCCAGUCCAUGGAUUAGUUAGGCAGACUUCUGUCACAACUGGAGCAAAUAUUCCCAUCAUAACAGAACUAGCACCAUUAGCAAAGCCAGGCAAAAAACUGCCUGUGAUUUCAUUCAGUCAGGAUAAAAGCAGUGGGACCAGCAUACAAAUGAUAACUGAGCUGGUGAAUGACUCAAAUGUUCAGUUUCUGGACCAAGAUGAUGAUGAUGACCCAGACACGGAGUUAUACCUCACUCAGCCUUUUGCCUGUGGGACAGCCUUCGCAGUCAGUGUGCUGGAUUCCUUAAUGAGUGCUACAUACUUCAAUGAUAAUAUCCUCACCUUGAUCCGGACGCUGGUAACAGGCGGGGCGACCCCGGAGCUGGAGGGGCUUCUGGCAGAGGAGAAUGCAUUACGGGGUGGCUACAGCACACCACAGACCCUGGCGAAUAGGGACAGGUGUCGUGUGGCACAGCUGGCCUUGUACGACGGGCCCUUUGCUGAUCUUGGGGAUGGUGGUUGUUAUGGUGACCUGUUUUGUAAAGCCCUGAAAACAUACAACAUGUUGUGCUUCGGUAUCUAUCGGUUACGAGAUGCACAUAUAACACACACACAAAGCCAAUGUACCAAACGGUAUGUCAUAACCAAUCCACCAUAUGCGUUUGAGCUGGUGCCCUCAGACCUGAUAUUCUGCCUGAUGCAGUUUGACCACAACGCUGGCCAGUCUCGAACGAGCCUCUCCCACUCUUCCCAUUCGUCCCAUUCCUCCAGCAAAAAGAGCUCCUCUGUCCACUCUAUCCCGACCACCAACCGCACCAACCGCACCAAAAGCAGGGACUCACGAGACAAACAAAAAAAAAAGACAUGGUUUACAGAUGAACCAGAGAAUACCCACCUGAGGACCAUACAGAUCAAGCCUGUGAAUACUCUCGCCGUCAACCAAGUCAGUCAAUGUAAAUCCACAAGCAGCUUGAUUCCACCCAUCAGAGAAGCAGAAGACGAGUGCUGAGCUAUGGAUCCACGCUGACACCUGGACGUUUGGACUACCAGAGGACUUGUCAUGUAGGUGUCAGACUGGGAUUCGGGACAUCUUCUCAUCUGCAAACAUAAAUCAUCAGUUGACAUUAGAUGAGAUGAACACAAACUGCUUUCCUCAUCCACUGCUGCAGAAAUCUUAUUGUACAAGCAGUCAUACAUGAAAUAUACAUAAGGACAAUCAUAGUCAAGUAUCGCAGUCACUCAACUAUUAGUUUGCACAGCUAAUCUGUAGUGGUGACCAGACUCCAUGACUUUUUUGUUCCAUUUUGGGGAAUGUGGGUCACUUGAAGGAAACAACCAAUGUAAAAAUGACUACUACUAUUAAAAGAGGGAGAUAUUACUGGAUCCAAUUUUGCAAUUGUAAAAGUUGCCUUUUUAGCUGUCAAUGAACAACUACUACUACUGCAUUUACUUUACCCAGUGUUGCAGAGUUAUUCUGUACAGUAUGUUAAAAUGUGUAUUUUACAUCCAGCUGCGAUCCCACCACAAUGGCAUUGCUAGUGACUGACUCUCAGUGAUUCCUUUGCCAUUUGGAGCUAAUUCACAACAUUUGUGACAGUUACGAUGGCCAGUGUCCAUGUGUAAAUGGCAUUUGGCUCCAGCCUUAUCUCUAUUCAUUUAUAUUUGUCUUAUCUUGCCUUUUUGAGUCAAUUGUUAUAAAUGUUUUCAUGUCACCGUUUGGUUGCAAUGUCCAAAAUCCCCUAAAUCUUACUGAGUAAAGCUUUUAAGAAAAAGAAAGUUGCUACAGGGGUAAAACGUUAGGGACAGUGUUUUUUCUUUUCUUUUUUUAAUGUUAAUAGCCAAAUAUGAUGGAGCUGUUUUGUUGGCAAUAUUAUCAUAUAACCAAAAAUCUUGCACAGUUUCUAAUACAGUGACAGUUAUUCAUUUAUUUAAGACACCAUAGACAGCAAAGUCAAAUACUAUGACAUAGCAUGGCGCCAUAUUAUAAGUCUGUAGGUGAACUGAAUAUGAAAGCCACAUAUCGCAUGAAGUGGGCAUCUUUAAGUCCUCCUUUGGCUGUAAGCACUGCCUGACACAGGAUUGUCUUGGAGGCCAUUAAGCGCUUGUAUGUACUCCAUGACCAAUCUUAAUGCCAUAAUCAGACAUGUUCAUGCUUUAAAAAAAACAGCUCUAUCAUAAAAAGUGCUUUUGGUUAUUUAUAUGUUCUGAAUUUGUUCUGUUGGUAAACCAUCUUGGUGAUCAAUUACAUAUCUGAAAUAUCCAUAAAACAAACAAUUUAUACACGUGAUAAAGCAUCAAUGAUUUGUUUCAGUUAGUGAGCACAUGAGGCCAGAAUACAGAGCUAAGAAUGGUUAUUAAUCUUAUCUGAAUAAUAAAUCAUAGCUAUAUUGGCACUGUUGUCACUUUACUUCAGAAUCAAUGAAGGAGAAGAAAAGUUUAAAAAAAAUAUAUAUUAAUAAAUAUAAUAAUAAAAACACAAGAAAUCCAUAAAAUCCUUAAUCUACUGAGGUUGCGUCACUGUAUAGCUGAGGAUUCAUGUUGGAUGUAAAAAGAGAAAGGUUGUGACAUUUUUACUGGCACAGAGAACAUCCAAGCCAUCCAUCCCCUCAGUGCCAGUAAUGUGCCAGGCAGUGCUGAAGCCAACGGAGGACUCCAGAAGACCCACUGCUGCGAAAAGAGGCUUCUAGUUUAGCUGGAUUUAAGCAAAAUUUAACUUUGCUGUGAGACUGAGAAAUGUACUUUCCUCUUUGUUUUCCAUCUUGCCAGCUUGGAGACCAUUCUUAAAAAAACUAGUCUUUGAAUUUCUUACUAUGAGGCUGUAAUUCCCUGGAGAUUAAACAGAACUGUAGUAAAUAAUUUGAAAAGUCUUAAAACUAUUUUUGAAUGAUCCAUCAUCAAUAGCAGAGCCUGAUAGCAGUUCAUUUUGAUGUACUCCUCAAAGAAAUCUGUAAAGCUUAAUGUAAAAUAUUUCUUUCUAGUGUGUUCUUGUUUGACAGAUAUUCUUGUUUGCCAGUACCUGUUGGGUUGAGAGACAUUCGGCAUUGCAGUCUAGUUUGUAUUAUUUUGUGCAUUUUUUUUUUAGCACACUGACUUGUGGAUACAAUGACAGUGCU